ACCACAUUGGUUUCAGUCAAAGAGGAGCAGUGGUCGAGUUGAUGGUGUUAGCGCUUCUCGUUAAACUUUUUAACUUGGCGGUUGAUCGUAUGUAUCUUUGCGCAUCGUGGAAUUCGGUCGGGUAUCUUCUAUAUUAGUCGAAGAAGGAUCGCCAUCGGGUUUCGUGGGUUCGGUCACGGGGGAAACGAGGGUAUACGGCCCGUGUAUCUUUUCCGUGGAAAUUAAAAGAGUUGUAUCAGGUUUCUCAGCACCGUGAAGUGACAUAGUUAUUUACGAGCUGUUGUGUUGGUGAAAUGUUGUCUCAACUUCCUGUACAUGGCGAAGACUCGUGAGCGUCGUCGGUCGUGUUGAAUAGUCAAACACCAGUGUUGGAAAGGUGUUUUGUCCCUUUCUGCAAAACCUUUCGUCGUAUCGACCUGCUUCGCGUAACCCAGAUCGACAAAAUCGUGCCAGUUGUGCAUGAAAAUGAUCAACAUGGAAACGGAUAAGACUAUCGGCGACACAAACACGAAUCUUCAGUAUCCAAUAACAAUACUCUACGAUCCUACUCGCAAGAAAGAAUUACCAACAGGGGUGUCUCCGUUGUACAGUCAAGAGAAAGAAAUAUGUAUGCAACUUUUCGAGAGAUGGAGCGAACCGGAACAAAUUAACUUUGUGGAACAGUUGUUAGCACGAAUGUGUCAUUAUCAACACGGACACAUCAAUGCUUAUCUGAAGCCAAUGUUGCAAAGAGACUUUGUAUCUCUAUUACCAAAAAAAGGAUUGGAUCAUGUAGCGGAGAGUAUUCUUUCUUAUCUGGAUGCUGACUCGUUGAUCGCUGCAGAACUAGUAUGCAGAGAAUGGCACAGAGUAAUUAGCGAGGGAAUGCUUUGGAAGAAGCUAAUCGAACGAAAAGUACGGACUGAUUCUAUUUGGAGAGGGCUUGCUGAGAGGAGGGGAUGGAUUCAAUAUUUAUUCAAACCUAGACCAGGAGAAAGCCACCCAAACCACAGUUUUUAUAGAUCUCUUUAUCCUAAAAUAGUUAAAGAUAUUGAUAGUAUAGAUAAUAAUUGGAGAAUGGGAAGAUUUAACCUUCAAAGAAUAAACUGUAGAAGUGAAAAUUCUAAAGGUGUUUAUUGUUUGCAAUACGACGACCAGAAGAUAGUCUCUGGACUUAGAGAUAAUACAAUUAAAAUUUGGGAUAGAAACACCCUGCAGUGUAUUAAAGUUUUAACAGGGCAUACUGGUUCUGUUCUGUGCCUACAAUACGAUGACAAAGCAAUAAUAUCUGGUUCCUCUGAUAGCACUGUAAGAGUUUGGGAUGCUAAUACUGGUGAAAUGCUUAACACACUGAUACACCAUUGUGAAGCUGUUCUACAUCUCAGAUUUAAUAAUGGAAUGAUGGUCACUUGUUCGAAGGAUCGUUCAAUCGCUGUGUGGGACAUGACGUCACAAAAGGAGAUUGUCUUGAGAAGAGUACUAGUGGGACACAGGGCAGCAGUUAAUGUUGUUGAUUUCGAUGAAAAAUAUAUUGUGUCUGCUAGUGGUGAUAGGACUAUUAAAGUAUGGAAUACAUCUACUUGCGAAUUUGUGCGAACAUUAAAUGGACAUAGGCGCGGUAUAGCGUGUUUGCAGUAUAGGGAUUGCUUAGUAGUUAGUGGUAGCAGUGAUAAUACAAUCAGAUUAUGGGAUAUUGAAUGUGGUGCGUGCUUACGUGUUCUGGAAGGACACGAAGAAUUAGUCAGAUGUAUUAGAUUUGAUAGUAAACACAUUGUUAGUGGAGCUUACGAUGGUAAGAUUAAAGUGUGGGAUUUAGUGGCAGCCUUAGAUCCACGUGCUUUAGCUAACUCGCUCUGUUUACGUACAUUAGUGGAACAUACGGGACGUGUGUUCCGCCUCCAGUUUGACGAGUUCCAAAUAGUAUCGUCAUCCCACGAUGAUACAAUACUAAUUUGGGAUUUCCUCAAUUUUACUCCAUCAAAUGGAAGUAUAUCGCACGGGUCAACAAUAAAUGCAUCUGGUGCAAAUCAAACAGACACCAGAUCUCCAUCUCCGUUCGAGUGAUGGACUAGUAAGAAGAUUCCUGCAUUGAGAUACAACUAUAACUGUAUUUUGUUGUAUUAAUAGCCGGCCUUUCUUAAAUCUGGUUCCUUGUAGAGAGUAUGUAAAAUACGUUAAAUUAAUUUGUGGAAUUAAUUCAUUUCAGACAAGUGGUUAGUGAGUGAGUUUCAAUGUGUUCACGAAUAGUGUACGCAAAGAAUGAAGAAUCAGUGUCCAGUGUGAACAAUGGCUAAACAGAAACAGAAUCUCAAAAGGACAUAUGGUCAUUGACUUUCGUUUAUUAUUUUGCUGUAAAAAGGCAAACAUAAUCCUCUAAAAUAGGACAUACGGAGUGACACAUAAAACUAUGAAUUAAUUUAUACGCGCUUGACGCACUGCGUUUAGUAAUGAACAGUAUGACGAAACCACGUAAAUACAUCCCAUGGAUGUAAAUGAUUGUCUGCUUUGGCCAUAUCUGGAAUUCUUCUACGCUCUAUGAUAUGAUAGAAGUUGACCACUUUCCUACUAUGAAAGAAAUGAAAAAAAAAGACUUACGACACGUAAAGAAAAGGGAAAAAACGUUUUUAGGGAGGCUGGAUAUACUUAAUAAGAUGUUAGUUGUAUUAUAGUAAAUUAAUGAUUUUUUAUGUAAUUAAUUUAUAGCAAGAAGAUUGUAAAAUGUCGUUUGAUUGGAGUACUUAUCCUGUGUGAAUGUGGAGAAAAAAUAAGGUAUUAAUAUGUGAGAGGAUUACGAUAACCAUCACGUUUCAUUAUCUUCGAAAACCUAGCUGAUGUGAAAUCAUUAUACCCAUGUUUAGCAUUAUGAAUGUACAGCCGUUAAUCGAACAUGUAGCAAUUUCCAUAGACAUUAAUUUUACGAGAUUCAUAUUAUAUACUGAAAAGUACACGAAAAAGUUAAAAAACUGCCUGUAUACAGCUAUUGGUACAAUACCAUUUGCAUUUAAAAUAUAAAUUUUCAUUAUACCAAGA